AAUACGGGGUCAGACUGUUGUGGAGUUGUUUUGAUUGACUGCUGUCAGAAAAUCGGUCUUAUAUAAGCCCGAAAUCCGAUCUAUCCAACAGUUCAAAUCGAACAUUCGACCCAAGUCUUUUGAAUAUGAAGUUCAUUUUGGUUUUGGCUUGCCUGGCCCUUUAUGUGGCCUACACCUCUGCCCAGGACAACUGCAUUGGACGUCCCGUGUUCCAAGUAUGCACUGGCGGCAGGGAUGAAGGUCACAACCGCAGUAGGAGGUGUCCAGCAAGAUUCAUGCGAGAAAUGUGGUGGUAUAACACACGGGCCAGGGACUGCCAAAAGAUGAGAUAUCUGGGCUGUGGCGGCAACAACAACCGCUACUGUUCCCUCGACAGUUCUUUUUCUGAUGAACGAUUCCGAUAUAAAAUAAAUACUACACUAUCCAGCGCGAAUCUGUUGGCCUUAUCGAUCGUGUCCCAUGCAUAUAAUUGUAUACACUGGUUUAAUAGAUAA